UUACGUAAACGCCAGUCAAGGAUGUCGAUCAAAUGUACAUAAAUAUAAACAAUCUUUGUAAUAAGCGACUUAAGAAGUUAUCUCUGUAAGAUUAACAGUGAUUGUGAUUCUAAGUGAUAAUGCAGUUGAUUACAUCAAAUACUCUUAUUUUAUUUGCCCUGGUUUCAUUUGUUUUUAUUGGGCCUGUGUCAUCACAGUGGAUAGAAAUAGGCACAGAGUUGAGAAGGUCAAUCGGAUCUGCGAUUGCGAUUGCACGCUACUUUCAAAUUGAGGGAAAUAUUAGAGUGAUUGAGGCAUACGAAUGGAUACCUACGGGUCCAGACAGGAACUACUAUUGGGUGAUAUUUAGUGUACAAUCUACGACCGGAGCUCGUUUUUCAUGUCAUGGAGGAGUUUUGUGGGAUUUCCGUCCUGCCAGUGGGCUAGUAAGGAUUCCAUACUAUCCAAGAUGUGUUCCAGCUUACUAACGUUUCACAACAACUUGAAUAUAAGAAAAUGAUGUCCUUGUGGUAACGAAGUUAGUUCAUUUCCAUGUUGCAACAUUCUACAUAUUCAUGUAAAUUUCCAUCUGACGGCACAAACUAUAUCUACGUAGAUUUUUAUGCGCCAAAGACGGUGUUUUGUUUUUACAAAAAUAAGUCUGACAAUUUAUUUUUCUCGUGCAUUUCUGUCACAGAUCUAUUUAACAAACUGUAUGACUUGAAACAAAUAAAGGGUUAAGUGCGAAUAAAAAACAAUAGACUAA